AUGCUUGAGAAACUAGCUUUGAAUGGAACAACGUGGCACUUUAUACCACCAGCCUCGCCCAAUUUUGGUGGUUUAUGGGAGGCUGGGGUAAAAUCUACAAAAUACCACUUGAAAAGAAUUAUGAUCAAUCGAAUACUUACUUUUGAAGAGUUAACAACACUUCUGGCCGAAAUCGAAUGUUGUCUCAAUUCAAGGCCUCUUUGUCCACUCAGUAGUGAGCCUAGUGAUUGUAACGCCCUAACACCUGUCCAUUUUUUGAUUGGCGAACCCACGCUGUGCAUUCCAGAUCAAGAUUUACUUGAUGUUAACAUCGAUCGACUUAACAGAUGGAAAGUUGUUGAAAGCUUAAAACAACAUUUUUGGCGUCGAUGGGCUGAUGAAUGGUUAUCACGCAUCCAAGCACGACCAAAGUGGCUAAAACUCAAUAAAAAUGCAGAAAAGGGAGAUUUAGUGGUAAUCCUAGAUGAAAGAUGUUCUCCAGGUGAAUGGCCAUUGGCUCGUGUUCAAGACGUCCACCCCGGUAAAGAUGGAGUUGUAAGAGUCGUAACGCUAUUUUUAAAUGGCAAAACAUAUAGACGACCAAUUUCAAAAAUUGCCCUUUUACCUACAAAUAGUCCUUUUGAUAGUAAAGAAAGCACAUAUCCUACAAAUUAA